GUAAGUCAAGGACUACUUCUAGAGGAGAGUCCUUAUUUCUCCCCUAAUCAGUUCUCUCUAUUAGUUUGUACCAGUUUCUGUUACUUUUUUGUUCACUAUAUCUAUUUUGAGACCUUGUUAUUGAAGGAAAUGUUGAAUUUUUUUUUAGCAGAACAAGUUGCUUGAUCUUGAGAUGCAUUUGAGAUACACAAGAUUGCCAUUGCCUAUGUAUUCCUUUGCAGAUAUGAAUAUUUUAUUAUGGAAGAAUUUCCACAGGGUUCCUAAGAGCAGAUUGUUCCAGCAAAGAAUGUUGUGUCUGUAUAACGAUACUCAUGGUUUUAAAGAAGAUGAAAUAAAGAAAAAGCUUCAGCACUUUAUGGGUGGCUCUGUCGACCUUUCUAAAAAAGAUGAUGGAAUUGGAGUCCUUACACUGAACAAUCCGAGGUUUAUGAAUGCAUUUACAGGAACAAUGAUGAUAGAACUACAGGAAAGAAUUGCUGAACUAGAAGACUGGAAGGAUGGGAAAGGACUUAUUAUCCGUGGUGCAGGAAAUACUUUUUGCUCUGGAUCUGACCUGAAUGCAGUGAGAGCACUUUCCAGCUCUCAGGAUGGGAUGAAUAUGUGUAUGUUCAUGCAAAACAUCUUAACCAGACUCAUGAGGUUACCUCUAAUCACAGCUGCAUUAAUUCAAGGGAAAGCUCUAGGUGGGGGAGCAGAAUUAACUACAGCAUGUGAUUUCAGGUUAAUGACUCCAGAAAGUGAAAUUAGAUUUGUCCAUAAGCAGAUGGGCUUAGUGCCAGGCUGGGGAGGAGCUGCCAGGCUUACCCAAAUCCUUGGCAGCAGUCCUGCCCUGAAGUUGUUGAGUGGUGCUAUGAAACUGGAUCCAGAGAAAGCUCUUCAUAUUGGCUUGGUAGAUUCCAUCUUGUCCUCAUCUGAUGACCACGAUUCUCUGAGAGAAAUGCACACAUGGCUUAAGCCAUAUACCACAGGCCCUGCUGAAGUCAUUCAGGCUGUGAAGAAAGUUGUUUCAGCAGGAAGAGAGCUACAAUUAGAAGCUGCCUUGAGGAGAGAAAAAGAGAUAUUUGGAACAGUCUGGGGUGGCCCUGCUAAUUUGCAGGCAUUGGCUCAGAGAACAAAACAUAAAUGAGACGAUUUUCAUCUCACUUUCAACUAAAACAGCUGCUGCCAAAGAGGACUUGUGGGAAACCUUCCAAACAUUAUGAAUUCAGUAGGUUGUUAGCCUUAUUAAGCCAGUUGUCCUGGAAUGCCACUGGCGCUGCACUGACAAUUAACUAGAGAUGCCACCCCAGGCUUUUUAAACAACACUCUUCUCUUCUGGUCUUGCUUUUUUUCCUACAAAGAUUCCCACCCUGAUGGUACCUCCUGAUAUGAACCCACUUGGAAGUCAGUGUGCAUAAAGCGGCAUGCUUAUAGAGUAAGAAUUAUAAGAUUUGAGAAAAUAAUUUUCCUCAGAAUUUUUGAACGCUGGAAUUAUGGGAGGUUUGUAUAUAUAGAUUUUGUGUUGAGAAGGAGUGUUGGCUUACCUGAAUGCCUUUUCUCAGCAUGAUGAUGAAUAAUCCAUCAAUGGGUUAUUUCAGUCCUCCUGCCCAAUCAGACUAAGUUGUCAAGUUGUCACACCCCUCUUUGUCUGGGACCUCCCAGUUUCAUUGACAGCGUAGCCAAUGACAACAGUUUGACAUGAUGAUUCUCAAGCAGGUAUCCCAAAAAAAACCCCAAAAACCCCCAGAAGAACAGGCACCCAACCAGGACCUUACUAACCACUAGAUGGGAGGGCGUGGAUUCCUCAUCAUCAUGCUGAGAAAAGGCAUUCAGGUAAGCCAAUGCUCCUUCUCCAGCAUGAUGAGUGAAGAAUCCACCAAAGCUUCCCGAGUCCCUAUGGGUGGGGUUCAGUUGGGGCCGGUCCCCCUGAUGGUGUGACUACUUGUUGUAAAAUACGUCUACCAAACGUGGCCUUAGCCAAUGCAAAUUUGUCCAGACGGUAAUGUCUAAUGAAGGGUGAAGGCGAAGACCAUGUCGCUGCCCUGCAAAUUUCUUCAAUGGACGCUUGGAUUGCCCAUGCCGCCGUUGUGGCAGCACUGCGGGUUGAGUGAGCCGUCACAUGAGUAGGAACGGGCACGGCAAGUGAUCUGUACGCACUUGCAAUACAGGCCCUGAUCCACCUACCUAUGGUGGAAGCUGACACCUUUUGGCCCAUUGAGGAAGGCUGAAAGGAAACAAACAGGGCUUCCGACUUAUGCAGAGGCGCCGUGCGCUUGAUAUAACAGCGUAAGGCUCUCCUUACAUCAAGUGAGUGCCAUUGCCGUUUCAAAUCAUGCGACGGGUGAGGGCAGAAGUCUGGAAGAAUAACAUCCUACGCUCUAUGGAAUACUGUAUUUAUUUUUGGAAUAAAGGAAGGAUAUAGCCUAAGAACCACUCUGUCCUCAUGAAACAUGCACAGGUCCUUUCUGAUCGAUAAGACAGCCAAUUCCGAUAUGCGCCUGGCCGAAGUAAUUGCAAUCAGGAAGGAGACCUUGAGUUACAAGCGCCGUGAGGAACAUGUUCUAAGUGGUUCAAAGGGAGAUGAGGUUAGUGCCUGAAGAACCCGAGGUAAGUUCCAAGAAGGAUACCUAUGAACUACAGGUGGUCUACUAUUAGUGACUCCCUUGAGGAAGGACCGGAUGGUGGGGUGCCUUGAUAAGGACUCUGAGGAGUCCCAUGAGAGUACAGAGGAAAGUGCCGCUAACUGCGGAUAGUGUUGGGCGCCAACCCCUUUUUGACGCCCUCCAUUAGAUAUUCUAACACCCUGGGAAUGGUUACCUGUGACAGACUCACGUGAUUCCUGUCGCACGAGCGACAAAAGUUCUUCUACGUAUGGUCGUAGAUGUGGUUAGUUGCCGGUCUCCUGGCCCCCUGGAUCAUAUCAAUCACCGCCGAAUACAAUUCCGUAGUCAGGGUGCAGCAUUCAAGUGCCAGGCGGUCAAUUGAAACCAUUGGGGGUCUGGAUGCGGAAGAUCCCCCUGCAUCAACCAUAUUCGGUUGUCAGGAAUCCUCCAUGGGGCUGAGACUGAAAGGCUCACCAGGUCUGCGAACCAUGGUCUUCUGGGCCAGUGAGGAGCUAUAAAGAUCACUUCCGCCUGCUCCUCCAGGAUCUUCCUGAUAACUGCUGGAAGCAGAGGCAGUGGGGGAAAAGUGUACAACAGGCCUUGUGGCCACCGGCUGCACAGGGCAUCUGCCCCCUCUGCUCUCCGGGAGGAGAACCAAGAAAAGAAUCUGGGCAGCUGAGUGUUCCCCGGCGAGGCGAACAGGUCCACGAUUGGACGACCAAAUCUGUCAGAGAUCUCUCUGAAUAUAUCUGGAUGUAACAUCCACUCCGAAUGAUCCACUAUCGACCUGCUGAGGAAGUCUGCCUGCCAGUUUGCCUCUCCCGAGAUAUGCUCGGCCCUGAUGGAGAGCAGGUGUUUCUGCAAUGCUUGAGCCUCUGUCAUGAGGGACUUGGACCGGGUACCCCCUUGCUGAUUCACGUGAACUUUUGCUGCCACAUUGUCCGUGAGGACCAGCACAUGUUGCCCCGAUUACUGUGUGAAACUGUUUGAGAGCUAGGUGGAUUGCUCUGAGCUCCAACCAAUUUGUGCUGUGCCUGAGGUCUGUCUGUGACCACUGACCCUGAGUCAUCUGGGAUUGGAGAUAUGCAUCCCAACUAAAGAGACUUGCGUCCGUGGUCACCCUGACUCGAUUGGGUUCUUUGAAUAGAGUCCCCUUGUGAAUAGCCAAUGAAGUCCACCAGCCGAGAGAAAGACACACCUGCUGAGGAACGCGCACCAACUGGUUGGAUGUACUGAUGUGCUGUCUUUGGUACGGAAGUAGGAAUCACUGAAGGUCCCAUGCGUGUAAUCGGGCCCAGGGCACUAUUGCUAUGCAUGAUAUUAACUUCCCCAGGAGUUGAGAAAGUGUGGCCAAUAAUGCAAUCCUUCUGCGCACCCUGAGUGCCAGGCCUCUGAUGCUCCUGCGCCGCUCCUCUGAUAGGUACACGUGACAAGAGUCCGUGUCUAUCACCGCACCCAGAUGCAGUAGGCAGGUGGAGGGAGUCAUCUGGCUCUUUUUGAAAUUUUAUCAAGAACCCGUGGUUCUGUAGGGUCCUUUUUGUGAGGGCCAAAUCCAAAUGGGCGGUUGAGACUGACAGGGACUGGAUCAGAAUGUCCAGAUAACACUUGACCCGUACGGGGAUCAACCUUAAAUGAGCUGCCAGCAUUGCCAGGAUCUUGGUAAAGACCCUGGGGGCUGAGGAGAGGCUGAAUGGGAGAGACCUGUACUGAAAGUAGCGGCUGAGGUAGCAGAAUCACAGAUACUUGCGAUGGUUCGGGAGGAUAGGGAUGUGCAUGUAUGCCUCUUUUAGAUCUAUUGAAGUCAAUAGAUCCACCUGCCUGAUACUGGUUAGGAUGGAAUGUAACGUCUGCAUCUUGAACCUCCGGUAUUGAAGGUGAAGGUUCAGCCCCUUGAGAUCGAGGAUUGCCCUCCAUCCCCCUGAAGAUUUUGGAACUACAAAUAGAAUAGAGUAAUACCCCAGUCCCGCCUGGUUCAGGGGAACUUUCUCUAUGGCCUUGAUGGUGAGUAGGUAUUGGAUGGCAUCUUCCAUGAGCCCUCUUUUUAUAGAGUUUCUCAUGGCUGGGCAAGACACGAAAUGAUCUACUGACAUGGAUUUGAACUCCAGGGACAGGCCUUCUCUUAUGGUGUGCAGAACCCAGGAGUCUGUGGUCGUGUGUUCCCAUUGGCGGAUAAAGAGAGUAAGUCUGCCGCCAAUAGGGGGAGUCCCCUCUGAGUCACUUGGCGCAAAGGAAGGGGCGACCCCCUCUACCACGAAAGGAAUGUUUAUUUUGGGGCUGGUACCAGGUCCUGUCCCUAUAGCUUGGCCUGUCAAAGGAGCGCUCAGUCUUAGGGGCUGUGGGUCGGUAUGGUUGUGCAGGCUGUGUCGCAGGUCCAGUCAGAAAGGAUUGUCGGCGACUGUAAGGGAGGAAACGUCUGUUAGUUCUCCUUGCCAAAUGAGAAAUAAUCUUUUGUUUCUGUUUGUUUUCGAUGAGAUAUGGCGUUAGGACCUCCCCAAAUAAUCUGCCACCCGUGAAGGGGCCAGUGGCCACACGCCACUUAUGUUUGCUCUCAGCUCUCCAGUUUUUGAGCCAUAGAAGUCUCCUAGCGACUACACUGGAAGUCAUUGCUCAGGCUGAGUGCUUGGCCGAGUACAGGGAGACAUCCACCAUAUACUCGGAUGUGGCUAUUAGUUUGGUUAAAUCCUGAUGGAUCCUGACCUCUUCUAAUGGAAUUCUGUCCUGCAACUGUCGAAGCCAGGUAAUUGAAAUCCUGGCAAAGAAAGAAGUGGAAGUUGCCGCCUUUGCUGCCCAUGCAGGUGCCAAAUGGACCUUGCAUAAGGCCAUUUCAGAUUUUUUAUCUUCCGCCUUAAGGGUGUCCGAGACAUCUGCCGGGAGACUGGCAGUCGAAAAAAGCGGAGCCAAUGAUUCAUCUACUUUUGGCACCUCCAAUAAAUCUGCCAAAUUCUUUGCCAUGUCCACAAUCUUGUGCUCAGCCGCUCCCUGGGUAGGCUGAGCUGCCAGCGACUCGACUCCCACUGUCCCUGAAUAUUUUUGAGGAAUAAUGGGGGACAGGGAAUUUGGAGGUGUUUAUCUACAGGCUCAGCAAACGGGAUUAGUGUCCUGAUCAGAGGAAGGCUGUGGGUUUGGAGCCGGAUGGGAGGAAAUCUUAUCCGCUGCACAGGCUCUGCGCAGCAAGGAAGGAAAUAGUGAAGCGUUAAAUAGCUCUGCCAUGGGCUGAGAUUCAUGGGUAGGUUCCUCACAAUCAGACCAACGGUCCAUACCUUCCUCAUAAUCCGAAACUUUGGAAGCGUCGGAUUCAGGAGAAUGGGAUGGGGAAACCACACCUGAACGAUCCAGUGGAGGUUGUGCAGAGGUGGCUGGUGCAGAAGAAAGCCCUGGAAUGGGAGACGUCUGAUGGUGACCCGAUGAUGCCAUGGCUUGGAACACAGCUUGCAAUAUCAACACUUGGAGCUGGUCAGAGAAGGCCUGCUCUAGCGGAGGCCGUAACACCGCAGCAGUUGGUGUGAUGGCAGCAGUGGGUGCCAUUGACGGGCCGGGCAGGUCGAGGUCCUCCCCCAACAGAGGCGAUCCUGCCUGACCAAAGGUCUGAGUUGAGAUCUGCUGAUGCACAUUCUCGGGUGACCAAGCUCUCGAAGUGGACGGUAGAUGCGACCCCGUGUCUGGUGGUGUGGAGGUUGACAGCGUAUGACCUCUUUUCAGCAGACAAGCGUUGGGCCUGGGAGAAUUGCUUCUCCAGGGCUCUGUGUGUUCGGUCGGCCUGCUUAUCGCUUGCCUUGCUAGCCUUCCUGCUGUACUUUGAUUUGGUUUGGCCUUACCUCUAGGCGCCUCGGAUGCUAGCUCAACUUGGACGGAGGUGUUGUCUGUGUCCAAACGCUGUGGCUCAGUGGUUUCUGCCAUAUCAACUGAGAUGUACCCGAGGCAACUCUGGAACUGACUCACUCUGCAAGGGACAUCAGGAGCCCCCCCCUUAAGAGGGACUGACUUCACGUGGAUUAGUGUGAGCCGGCCCACUGGCUAACCUGGCUCACGCCUGGCGCUGAAGCGCUCUUCAUCCGGUCAAUGUGGUGGCCAGAGGCCAAGUUGGUGAUGAAAUCACACGUGUCCCACAAUAGUGGCAAUGGUCAGGAUCUUGAAGCAACCACUAGAUGCAGAGUGGCAGAUAUAGGCAAUGUGGCGAGCAGGGCCUGAAGGACCGUCACUUCAGCAGUGGUUCUACACUCUUGUUAUUAGAUGUCUUCAAUAGGAAUAAUGGUUCUGAAACACUUAAGCUCAAUGAUUAAGUGAAUAUAGAUAAUGCAAGAGCAUAUGUAGAAAAAUAUGUCACUAUACCAGUUAAAAUUUAUGCAGAACAAAAUAUAGCUGCAGAAAGUUAUUUAAACAAGCUUACAAAAUGGCGCACUAGCCUGGGUGUUAAAUGGGCGUUUCCCUGUGUAAAUGUGCUUCAAAAUAUCGGACACCCUGAGCUCCGGUGAGGAAGGAAGGGGGGGAUAUAAUGAGACUCUUAAAACAGUCAGAAGGUACACAGAAGUUAAGGCAAAAUUCGAGGCUUUUCUGAAAUGCAGAAAUCACUUUAGCAAAUCGCGCCUAAUAGCUGUUAGGCACGAAACGGCUCACCGCUGUAAAGUGAAGCUUCGUCCUCUUCAGCGGCAGCCGGGGAUACAACAAAAAUUUUUCAGGCAAUAUUUCCCCCGUCGCUCACUUCCAAGAACCAACUCAGCUGUGCUUCGGCCAGAGAAAACUUCAGCGAAAGCUGAGCUCCGCGGAUUCAAAAUGGCGGCCGCUAUAGGAAUCACUGACCGGGCCCGGUCAGAGAAGAAGCCAUGUGGCCUCAAAAGGCAUGCGCGCUUGCCAGGGAAGUGGGAAUACUCAAUCCCCCUCUAACUAUAACGAAAACUCCCCCCACUCCUAUCUAGCAAAGUUUGGGAACAACUCAGCAGACUGCUGAAUUCAGUGAAAAGAAACCCCCCCCCCAAUACUGGAGAGGAAUUUUACUCUAGCCCUGAAGGGAAAGGGAAAAAGGAUUCAGAUCUCCCAGAGAAGGGAAUAAUCACCACCAAUUCUCCAAUCUCAAGAAGAAUCCACCAAUGGAUUGAUAAUAUCUAGUCUGACCUGCUAUCCAAACAAACUGAGAGUCAGAUUAACAUGUCCUCAUGGGCGAAAGACUAAGAUGAAACUGGGAGGUCCCAGACAAAGAGGGACAUGACAACUUGACAACUUAGUCUGAUUGGGCAGGAGGACUGAAAUAACCCAUUGGUGGAUUCUUCAGUCAUCAUGCUGGAGAAGCUGCUUUUUUUAAAGACAGGUUUGGUGGACAUUGGUAUCCUCUACUCUAAAAUCCUGGAGAUGAUCACAAAUAAUUUUUGAUUCCUACAUGUCAUAUCUCUGAAUAGCUAGCUCACUGUAAAUUUGACUCGUACCCUCAAAUCGAAACUGAACAACGCCAAAUGCUUUUUCUUUGUACUGUAAGUAGUUCCUUCUAAACUUACUAUAAGCAAAGCCCCUUUAAGCCUCGCAUCCAAUCACUGGAUUAUUGUUCUGCAAACAGAGCUCUUGGAGACUCUCCAUUUCAUUGGGAACUUCUUACCUUCACUUUAUAUAUUUGUAAAGUUGAAGUAAGGAAGAAAUACUCAUCUGUAUGGCAAAAUUUGAUGCUUUGAUAUUCGUACUACCAGUUGCUACAUCUAUGAAAUUUAUGUAAUGGCUUCAAAUCCAUGCAGCACCGUAGAUAGUGCCAACAUUCUAAAUAUAAUAUUCCAUUGACCUUACCUGUGCCAAUUAGCUUGUAUGAAGCAUCUUGGAUGAACCAGAGUUUUUCAGAUGUCCAUGUGCACAUUUACUCAUAAUGAAUAAAUUAUUGAACAUAGA